UUGACACAUCACAUUUGAUUUCCCCGUUUUCCCAUUUCGAGAUAUAAUUGGGCGAAAAAACACCAAACUGUUAAACCGGUGUUUUGAAGUUUAAUAACUUGCUCAUAACCUUGCUUUCGUUUGUUAGUGAUUUGCGAAUCAAGUGUUUCAUCGAACGAAAGAUAUUUGUCGUAGUUGCAAUAUUUAUGACUACGAAAUUGUGCUGUGAUUUUUUUUAAUCGGCUUUUAAAAUGACUGAAAGUUCACCGGACGAGUCAAGUUCCAGACGUAAAGACUUCAUUUGCGGCGUAGUUGAAGGCUUUUACGGACGUCCAUGGACAACUGAACAAAGAAAAGAUUUAUUUCAUAAAUUAAAGAAAUGGGGGAUGGAUAUGUAUGUCUAUGCACCUAAAGAUGAUUACAAGCAUAGAGCAUACUGGAGAGAAUUGUACACUGUGGAAGAGGCUGAACAUCUUACUUCCUUGAUUUGUGCGGCCAAAUCACAAGGCAUCACCUUCUGUUAUGCUCUCUCACCUGGCCUUGAUAUAACUUACAGCAGUCAGAAAGAGAUAACAACACUAAAGAGGAAGCUAGAACAGGUAUCACAAUUUGGAUGCACUUGUUUUGCUCUGCUGUUCGAUGACAUAGAACCGGAGAUGAGUGAGGCUGACAAACAGAUAUUCCAAAGUUUUGCUCAUGCACAAGUAUCAGUGACCAAUGAAAUCCAUCAACAUCUCGGCUGUCCACGCUUCCUUCUUUGCCCCACUCAGUACUGUUCAACAAGAGCUGUGCCUACAGUCAACAGCUCGGAGUAUCUUAUCACUUUGGGGACUAAGCUCUCGCAACAGAUUGAUAUUAUGUGGACUGGUCCCAAAGUCAUAUCAAAGACUUUAACAACGGAAUGUAUUGAAGAGAUCACGCAAGUGUUACGUCGACCGCCAGUUAUAUGGGACAAUCUGCACGCCAAUGACUACGAUCAGAAAAGAAUCUUUCUUGGUCCAUACUGCGGACGGUCUCCUGAAUUAAUUCCAUUGCUCCGCGGUGUUCUGAGCAAUCCUAAUUGUGAAUACAAUGCCAACAUGAUUCCUAUAUGGACUCUAGCGCAUUGGGCCAGCUGUAGCUUGGAUGCGCCUGCGCAUAUGGAAGCAGUAUCAUGGGAUAUAAAGUUGGAGCGCGAGAGCGAGCAAGGUGUAUGUGAGGACGAGCCCCCUCUCACUCUAGGCAAGCAUGUUUAUCAUCAUAGACAAGCUUUGAGACAAGCUAUAAACGAAUGGCUGCCAGAGUUCUCCAUACCGAAGACAGCUCAAGGACCUGUUAUCAAACCUCAACCGGCUGUAACAGUUCCUCCAGUGCCGAUCAUCCCGAUCCUGCCGUCAGUGAACACGUGCAUGUCCCUGGUGACGGCGACCAGCACGACGCACACCACCAGCACGGCGGACAUGUCUGCUCCUGUGCCCAGCAUUCCCACCAUCAACACCAGCCAGCUGCAGGCUCUCGCUGAUGUCUGCUCCGCCACACCUGACAGACCUAUACUCUCCACUGGGGUAUCGCCUAUAGAAACUUUCAAUCCAGUUGCAAACCCAGUAAUGAAUUCACUUGUGUCACCAACAAAAGUUAUAUUAAACGAAUCCAUACCCAAUCCAAUUAUACCAAUCGCUAGUUCCAAUAUGUCGUUACCUUCAGAAAUACCAGUUUCUACGUUACCCGUACCCAUUAUGGGUUUAAAAGCUUUAGAAGGACAUAAUGAUAAAGAUCAGAAUAUGGAUAAAAUAGAAAUUAAUGAUACAGCAAGUAAUGAUAGUGUUCUAGAAACUUCUAGCUUUAUAGAAGAAAUGAAGAAGGAUAAAGAAGAUGAUACUAUUAUAGUAGAUGAUGUGGAACCGCAUGUAGAUGUACAUAAAAAUGGAGAAAUGAGUAUUGGAGGCACGCCGCAGACACUGAGCCCGACUCGACUCAGCAACCAGGAGGUGACGCUGGAGCCACUGGAUGUAGACCCGCCCUCCACCGCCGCUGACUCCGACAUCGUCAUGAAUGAUGGCCUUAGCGAGAAUGGCUCCAUGCAAGUAGAGCCCAGCAACAGUCCACUGAGCGGUGACAUGAUGGUUGAACCCACGGAAUUAACUGAACCAACUGACGAUGGUCUAGACGAGCCAGCGAUAGAAGCGAGUGAACUAACAACAGAUGAUCUGAUGCUGCUGUGCGAUCUGUUCUACUUGCCGUUCGAGCACGGCGCGCGCGGGCUGCGUCUGCUGCACGACUUCAACUGGCUGCUGACACACGCCGCCAGUGUGCUGCCUAGAGGGAACAAGUCUGAGACAGGUGAAUGGCGUCGUCGUUUGCGACGGUUCUCAUGGUGGGCGGGACGCGCGAGGCGGCUGGCACGACGGCUGGGUGCGGCGGCCAACCGUGAGCUGCACGCGGAGUUGCAGCCAUACGUAUGGGAGUUGUGUGCUGUGCUGGCACUGCUCACUGCCUUCCUGCGCUGGCUAGAGCUCGGCAAAUUCCCUCAAAAUAUAACGUCCAAUACACAAGCGAGUUACACGUGGUUCUCUAAAGGUUGGCGCGAGGCAUUCGAGAGCGGUGCACAGGAGCCGUGGGUAUUCAGAGGCGGGCUGACUGCUGAUUUGCGCAGACUGCUGCCCAUUGAAUGCAGCGGAGAUGUGCUCAGACCACAGAUCAUACCGGACGGUCUGCCUCUCACUGUACGACCUUAUACUACUGCUGAUGAAGAGGCGGUGAUAAUGAUAUGUAAUAAAAUGUGUCGAGACAGCGCUGACUGUGCAGAUCUAUUUCCAAGUGAUCUACAAAAUCUACCUGCGGAUAGAUUGGUGGCAUCAUUUCUGACGCUAUGUCCUGAGCUGUGCAUGGUGAUAGAAGAUGACUCAGGCUGUAUCCAGCACGAGGCAGACACAGAAGUUGACGUUGAUGACUCGGAAGACAAGUCAGAGAGCAUCGCGGAAGUCAAAUUGAAUGGUAUAAAACCGGAGAUAGUGGGUUACGCGUGCGCUGCGCUCAAUGCCAAAGAGUUCUAUAGAAAGCAAGAAGUCGCCUGGAUACCUGAGAUGUGCCAGAAGUACCCGCAGGAACUGCUGCAGAGAGAUGACCUCAGUCCAGCAGCCAAGGAAUGUAUCCGACAUUUCCAUGAGUUCAGUAACGUGCCGCGUGCGCCGGAUUCAGUGUGCCGCGCGCACCCCGCACUGCUGGCAUGCUGUGUGCCCGGCGUGCGCGACCCGCUCGCACCACCACGUCUUCUAACAUGUCUACUGGCAGCGCUUAGAGCUAACGGUGUGAGCGGUGUCCACGCGUGCGUUGAUCAGUCAGACCAAUAUCUACAUCAGUUCUACACGAAGCUCGGUUUCGUGGAACUGGCGCGAGAGGGCGGCUGCGUGUUCCUCGCGCGCGCGUUCUAGCGCUCGCACACCAAGCCGCCGCUCAGGCGACGACGACGACCACAUUGACGGCAAACAACGCCCACUGCAGUCGGCACCGAUUGCAGUGAGC